GCUUCCGCGCAAGUGAAGCUCCGUCCACUCUCGAGUAUGAACUCGGCAAGUAAGACUUAUGUGCUGGUGGUCUUCCUCGCCUCCACGGUCUUCAUAUGCCGUGCCCAGGAGAGGGACUACACACUGAAGGAGGAGCAGCCGGAGAACGUCCGCAUCGGGAACCUGCGCAGGGACCUGGACCUAAAUCUGGACCCCGGCAUCCGGCUGUCAUCGCCCCUGCAGUUCAAGCCCGUGUACAAGACGGGCGACGUGCCUUUGGUGAGGGUGGAGGCCAACACCGGGGAGAUCUUUACCACGAAUCACCGCAUCGACAGGGAGAAGCUGUGCUCGGGGGUCUUUUCAGAGAAACGCUGCUACUACGAGAUCGAGGUGGCCGUGUUGCCCGACGAGAUUUUCCGACUGGUCAAGAUCCGCUUCCUGAUUGAGGACGUCAAUGACAACGCGCCCCUUUUUCAGUCCACGGUCAUAAACAUCUCCAUCCCGGAGAACACGGCCAUCAACACCCGAUACCCGGUGCCCUCUGCCUUUGACCCUGAUGUCGGGAUCAAUGGGAUACAACAUUAUGAGCUGGUCAAGAGCGUUGGAGAAUUUGGCUUGGACAUCAUCGAGACCCCCGAGGGUGACAAGUGGCCGCAGCUGAUCGUCCAGCAGAACCUAGAUCGUGAGCUGAAGGACACUUUUGUCAUGAAGAUAAAAGUGGAGGAUGGCGGCAACCCCCCCAAGUCCAGCACCGCCAUCCUUCAAGUCACCAUCUCUGACGUCAACGACAAUCGCCCCAUCUUCAAGAACAGCGAGCUGGAAGUCACCGUACCCGAGAACGCCCCCACGGGGACGUCGGUCGUUCAGCUCCACGCGACAGACGCGGACCUCGGCUUUAAUGCCCAGAUUCACUUCGCCUUCAGUAACCAGAUCUCUGCUUCGACCAAACGACACUUUGCUAUCGACAGCAACACGGGAUUGAUCACUGUGAAGCAGCCGCUGGACAGGGAGUUAACGCCUGUUCACAAACUUAUUGUUCUGGCCAGUGAUGGCAGCUCGACACCCUCCAGAGCCACAGUGACUGUCAACAUUACCGACGUUAAUGACAAUGUUCCUUCCAUUGACACUCGCUACAUUAUCAACCUGGUGAACGGCACUGUUCUGUUGUCUGAGAAUGCUCCCCUCAAUACCAAAAUAGCCCUGAUCACAGUUACAGACAGAGACGCAGAUCUCUUUGGCAAAGUCACUUGCUACACUGACCAUGACCUUCCAUUUAGGUUGAAACCGGUCUUUAAUGAUCAGUUUUUACUGGAGACGGCUGCUCCACUUGAUUAUGAGACAACACGAGAAUAUGCAAUUAGGAUAGUGGCCUCGGAUAGGGGGACUCCUCCUUUGAACACUUCAGCAAUGGUUUUAAUUAAAAUCAAGGAUGAGAAUGACAAUGCGCCCAUCUUCCCCCAGCCAGAAAUCCAACUUUCCAUACCAGAGAAUAAUGACCCGUCAUCACAGUUGAUAAAAAUCAGUGCCACUGAUGCAGACAGCGGACAUAAUGCCGAGAUUAUUUAUACCCUUGGCCCCGAUGCACCUGACGGGUUUAACAUAGACAGACGGUCGGGAGUACUUUCGGUUGGCAAACGACUGGACAGAGAAAAGCAGGAGAGGUAUUCAUUCACCGUCAUAGGCAGGGACAACGGCUCCUCGUACCUGCAGAACAAUGUCACCGUCAGACUAAUCGUUCAGGACCUUAAUGACAACAGCCCGGCUUUCACACACCCCGAGUACAACUUCUACGUGCCUGAAAACCUUCCGCUCUUUGGAACCGUGGGCUUAAUCACAGUGACGGACGCAGAUGCGGGAGAUAAUGCUGUCGUGACCCUGUCCAUUCUGAACGGGAAAGAUCAUUUCAUCAUCGACCCUCAAACUGGCGUGAUCAAGCCCAAUAUCACCUUUGAUCGGGAGCAGCAGAGCUCCUACACAUUUAUGGUCAAGGCAGUGGAUGGAGGGGAGCCCCCGAGCUCCUCCUACGCCAAGGUCACUAUAAAUGUGGUUGAUGUGAACGACAAUCGCCCUGUGUUCGUUGUUCCCUCGUCCAAUUACUCAUACGACCUGGUGCGGACCACCACAACCCCCGGUGCUGUUGUUACAAGAGUGUUUGCCAUUGACAAUGACACAGGUAUGAAUGCCGAGCUACAGUAUAGCAUUACCAGCAGCAUCAUCAUUACAUCCAGGGUCUCCCCUCGCGGCCUUUUCUCCAUUGACAAAACAACAGGUAACAUAACACUGCAGGAGAAAAUAGUGGCGGCGGAUCUAGGGCUGCAUAGGCUGGUUGUCAAAGUCAGAGAUCUCGGCCAGCCUGAGUCCUUACAAGCUAUCGCACUUAUUCACUUAUUCGUCAAUGACACUGUGUCAAAUGCCACUUUUAUCCAAGAACAGCUGCGGAAAAGUAUGGAGACGCCACUGGACCGAAACAUAGGGGACAGCGAGGUAACACCUCAAGCUAACGGAUACGUGAUUGUUGUCAUUGCCAUCAUUGCCGGGACCAUGACUGUCAUCUUGGUGAUAUUUGUUACUGCCUUGGUGCGCUGCCGACAGACUCCCAGACACAAAGUGGUACAGAAGGGCAAGCAGAGCGGCGAGUGGGUGUCGCCGAAUCAAGAAAACCGUCAGAUCAAGAAGAAGAAGAAGAGAAAGAAGCGCUCCCCGAAGAGCCUUCUGCUGAACUUUGUGACCAUAGAUGAAUCCAAGCCUGACGACCCCACCCAUGAGCAUGUUAAUGGAACACUGGAUCUCCCUGUGGAGCUGGAGGAGCAGACCAUGGGGAAGUACAACUGGGCCACCACGCCCACCACCUUCAAACCCGACAGCCCAGACUUAGCCAAGCAUUACAAGUCUGCGUCCCCUCAGCCAACAUUUCAAAUCAAACCGGAGACUCCGGUGGCCCCGAAGAAGCAUCACGUGAUCCAGGAGCUCCCUUUAGACAACACAUUCGUGGUGGGCUGCGACUCGCUCUCCAAGUGCUCAUCGACGAGCUCCGACCCGUACAGUGUCUCCGAGUGCGGCUGUCAGGGGGGAUUCAAGAGUCCGGGGCAAAUCACCACCCGACAGAACGCCAGCCAGACGCCGGAGAAGUCUUUUCACUCGCCGCCGCCCAUGUGUCCUCACAAGGAAGCCUGUCAACUUGGGAAGAUCACCUCUGUGAAUACCCAGCGCCGCGUGACUUUCCAUCUCCCGAACGGUUCCCAGGAGAGCUGCAGUGACAGCGGGCUGGGAGAUCCGGAGCCCAGCAGCACGGCCAGCACCUCCCAGGGUCUCCCGCUGAGCUUCCCCCAGGAGGAGUACUACGAGCAGACCUCACCUAACAGCCGCACCGAGGGAGACGGCAACUCGGACCCCGAAUCCACCAUCGAGGUGAACCUCCAGAAAGCCUUGGCCGAGGCCUCCGAGACGUGCACCCAAGAGUGUCUGAUCCUGGGCCACUCCGACAGCUGCUGGAUGCCGCCCGUCCUGGCCCAGUUCCAGAGUCCGGUUGGUGGAAGCCCGGCCUCCACCCCAACGUCCGCCGCCAUCUCUGGUACGCUGCCGUCCUUUGGCUUCCAGCAGAGCAGCGCUCGCGGGGCAAAGGCUAGCAUGGGCAGCCUGGGGGUCAUGGAUGGCCGCCACACUCUGGGCAGGUCCGUGCCGAAAAAGGACGAGCUGGACAAAGGGCUGAGCCGGCCGCAGUUCUACAACACCUUGGAUAGACACUGCGGUAACAAGAAGGACGACACCGUCAAGGUGAUCCCCCUGGCGAGCUUCUCGUCCCCUGGAAAGCAGACGGCGACUGGCAGCAGCUCUUUCCUACAUGAGCACCAGCUGUAAGAACUUUGGCCCCCGGCAUCUUGUACAUGUGACUCCACCCAGCUUUUUUCUCGGUGUCUCUGCUAUGCGUGGAAGUAUGCACCAUUCCAAGAUGUAGGACCAGCUCACCUUUGCUAAUUGACCCGUCAAGAAACUGGUUAUAUCAUGAACAUGAUACUUUUCUGAAGAGCCUAUACAUAAUAAUCAUCACAAUAAGCGGCGCAUCGAUUGGGUUUUGGGUUUCCCGGAUCAGAGACAAUCUUAUUUGAACUCAAUCGCAGACAUCAUGGACCUAUUCUUCGGACCGGUCAAGAACAAAACUGUGUGAUAGUGUAGAAAUACUGUAUAGACCUGGAUAUAAGACGGAAUACAAAAACAGACUUGGGAAAAAAAUGAAUGGUCUUAUAUUCAGGUGGAGUCAGGGAGUCCUCUCUCCCAGGAGAGCUUUUCUUCCUGUCACUCACACACACUUAAAAAAAGACAGCAAGUCUUCUGUUUGAUUCAAUACGGUCAGUUAUUUAGCAUUUUAUAACAAUGAUUUCGGCUGAGUUUUAGGUUCCGGGAAUAUCUUACUUUAAAGGGGACGGAUGAUGAAUUGUUCGUCUUUUCUGAUAAAUAAAAGUUCGUAGAAUAUCGGACAGUCGUGUAAAAAAAAAAAUCAUGUUUCAUGCAUUUUGGCGAUAGCCUGCUGUGUUUUACAGUCUUGCGCUGAUGUCACAGCGCAGUGGACGUACAACAACAUUGGACGUUUUUAAUCGGAUCUUAUGUUUCAAAACGUUAUUUCCGAUCCAGUCUGGGGAAAAAGGACAACUUCAAGAUAUACAUUUGAGGAAGGUACACGUUCUAAAGAUGAAUUGUGGUACUUUUGGAGAAGGAGGGGCGUGGUUUCAUUGGCAAUCUGGGAACAUCUUGCAGACAGACUCAAAAAAAUCGGUUAUAAAAUUGACUACGGAGGAAAAUUUUUAACCAAAGCAUAUCCAAUACAUAUGUAAACCGCAAGUUAUUAAAGUUUCUCCCGAAUAUUAACACUGAAUUGGGAGGUUGCGACUUGUCCAGGGUGGACCCCGCCUUCCGCCCGAUUGUAGCUGAGAUAGGCGCCAGCUCCCCCUGUGACCCCAAAAAGGGAAUAAGCAGUAGAAAAUAGAUGGGAUGGAUGGUAAUCUUAGUCUCGAAUUUAACAGUACUCAAUAAUUAUGUAUAACCUACUCACAGCUUAACUGGAUAAAACUUGUCAAAUGAUAUGAAAAUUAUUGUUCGAGGCUUUGUAGCAGGCACAGGACAUUGAUACAGAGUUGAUCAUGCGUGCAAAACUUCGAAACAAAGUUGCAAAAUAGUUGUAUUUGUAAACUGAGACAAUGUUGGAUUUGCGUUGUUGGUUGGAAAAUGAAAAAACAUCAACGGUCAAAUAAACGUCCCAACCUGACAUUGGAUAAACGUAGUCAAAAAGCACGUUUUAUUUGUGUUGUAGAAUAUUGGUUGGGAAAUGACCCAAAUGUUAUGGUCAAAUUAACAUCAGAACCCAACGUUGAUUAAGCAUCGUCAAAAAGCAAGAUGUUUCAAUGUUAGGUUGGGCGCUGAUUUGACCGUUGAGAUUUCCAAAACAAUAUUCUAAAAAAACGUUGAAACAACAUGGUUUUUGAUGACGUUUAAUCAAUGUUGAGUUCUGACGUUGAUUUGACUAUUGAAUUUUGGUCAUUUGGUUGGGAAAUAACAAAAAUUCAAUGGUCAAAUCAACGUCAGAACCCAAAUUUGAUUAACCGUUGUCAAAAAGCAUGCUUUUUCAACGUUAGGUUGUGACGUUUGUUCUGACCGUUGAAACUUACAAACCAAUAUUCUACAACACAAACCUGACAUUGAUUAAACGUUGUCAAAAAGCUUGUUGUUUCCACGUUGUAUUCGUGUUGUAGAAUAUUGGUUGGGGAAUUACUAUAUUUUAAUGGUCAAAUCAACGUAAGAACCCAGCAUUGAUUAAACGUCGUCAAAAACAUGUUGUUUCAACAUUAGGUUGUGACGUUAAUUUGACCGUUGAAAUUUCCAAGACAAUAUUCUACAACACAAACCUAACGUUGAAACAACAUGCUUUUUGACGACUUUUAAUCAAUGUUGGCUUCUGACAAUGAUUUGGCCAUUGAAUUUUGGUCAUUUUCAAACCAAUAUUCUGCAACACAAAUCUGACAUUGAAUAAACGUCGUCAAAAAGCAUUGUUGUUUCAACGUUGUAUUUUUGUUGUCGAAUAUUGGUUGAGAAAUGACCAAUAUUCAAUAGUCAAAUCAGGGUCAGAAACCAACAUUGAUUAAACGUCGUCAAAAAGCGUGUUGUUUCAACGUUAGAUUGUUGGCGUUGAUUUGACCGCUGAAAUUUCCAAAACAAUAUUCUACAAAAACGUUGAAACAACAUGCUUUUUGAUGACGUUUAGUCAAUGUUGGGUCCUGACGUUGAUUUGACCAUUGAAUUUUGGUAAUUUUCCUACCAAUAUAAAACAACCCAAACCUGACCUUGAAUAAACGUUGUCAAAAAGCAUGUUGUUUCAAGAUUAGGUUGUGACGUUGAUUUGACCGUUGACAUUUCCAAAACAAUAUACUACAAAAACGUUGAAACAACAUGGUUUUUGACGACGUUUAAUCAAUGUUGAGUUCUGACGUUGAUUUGACCAUUGAAUUUUGGUCACUUUCCAACCAAUUUUCUGCAACACGAACCUGACAUUGAAUAAACGUCGUCAAAAAGCAUUGUUGUUUCAACGUCGUAUUUUUGUUGUUGAAUAUUAGUUGAGAAAAGACCAAAAUUCAAUGGUCAAAAUAGUGUCAGAACCCAACGUUGAUUAAACGUCAUCAAAAAGCAUGUUGUUUCAACAUUAGGUUGUGACGUUUGUUUUUACCGUUGAAAUUUCCAAGACAAUAUUCUACAACACAAACCUAACGUUGAAACAACAUGCUUUUUGACGACAUUUAAUCAAUGUUGGGUUUUGACGGUGAUUUGACCAUUGAAUUUUGGUCACUUUCCAACCAAUUUUCUGCAACACGAACCUGACAUUGAAUAAACGUCGUCAAAAAGCAUUGUUGUUUCAACGUCGUAUUUUUGUUGUCGAAUAUUGGUUGAGAAAAGACCAAAAUUCAAUGGUCAAAAUAGUGUCAGAACCCAACGUUGAUUAAACGUCGUCAAAAAGCAUGUUGUUUCAACAUUAGGUUGUGACGUUUGUUUUUACCGUUGAAAUUUCCAAGACAAUAUUCUACAACACAAACCUAACGUUGAAACAACAUGCUUUUUGACGACAUUUAAUCAAUGUUGGGUUCUAACGUUGAUUUGACCUUUGAAUUUUGGUCAUUUUCCAACCAAUAUUCUGCAACACGAACCUGACAUUGAAUAAACGUCGUCAAAAAGCAUUGUUGUCUCAACGUUGUAUUUUUGUUGUCGAAUAUUGGUUGAGAAAUGACCAACAUUCAAUGGUCAAAUCAGUGUCAGAACCCAACGUUGAUCAAACGUCGUCAAAAAGCAUGUUGUUUCAAUACCAGGUUGUGACGUUUAUUUUGACCGUUGAAAUUUCCAAAACAAUAUUCUACAAAAACGUUGAAACAACAUGGUUUUUGACGACGUUUAAUCAAUGUUGAGUUCUGACGUUGAUUUGACCAUUGAAUUUCAGUCACUUUCCAACCAAUAUUCUGCAACACAAACCUGACAUUGAUUAAAAUGUUGUCAAAAAGCAUGUUGUUUCAACGUUGUAUUUUUGUUGUCGUAUUAUGGUUGAGAAAUGACCAAAAUUCAAUGGUCAAAUCAACGUCAGAACCCAACAUUGAUUAAAAAUCGUCAAAAAACAUGUUUUUUCAUCAUUAUGUUUGACUUGCCCAACGUCAGGACAUAUUUUAACACAUUUUCAACGUUGUUUCAAUGUCUUGUGGUCUGAUCAGGCUAGUUACAAAAACAAAUACUAAUCAAAAUUCUCUGCAAAAUAAGGGACUUGUGAAAACUGAUGAAAAAUAUAUGUACAUACAAUUAAGUGCUGCAACGAAUACAUUCUCAUUUAAAUAAUAAUAAUAUAAGUUUUUAUAUAAACGGUCGAUACAUUCAAAGUGAAACUGAAAAUACAGCUUUUCCAAUUUAGUCCUAAUUUUUGCACUUAUAUUUGACUAUUUUCAGACUUCUUCUGUUUGUUUGAGAUUGUCAUUACUGCCACAAGUGGUGGAAAAGUGUAUUACAACUGAGUACCGCUGUGGCCCCUACGGACCUUCUUGCUGGUGUCCCAACAAUGGUAAAGAAACACUGAUUUAGACCAUAGGGACGUGUUUUAAAUGUAGAUUAAAAGCCCUUAGUCCAUAGGUCUUUUUAAAAUAUCUUUAAUACAGCCUUGACUUGUUUUCAUUUAUUGAAAUAAUGUAUUUUUAUGAGUCAUUUAUUGGUGUGGUCUUGACUGUAAGAGGUUUGAGCGAUGGAUCAGCUCCAUUCUGGACUCAACUCCUCCAGAUUCAUGGCUUAUUCCUUGCCACACAGUUUGGUCGGUGAAAACGGGGUCAAUACCAAAGUGGUUCCAUUACACAAAAGGAGAAAAGUGAUGUUUGUUUGAAGUACGGCGGUGUGUUCCAUGUUAGAACCAGGCCACGGUACUUGGUGUGUGCCGGGCUCAGAGCGUGGCUGUCCUAAAAGACUCAUGCAGAAACAAAUGCAAAUGCGCUACGUUUGAGUGUUAAUUCGGGCUAAAUGCUAAUUACGAGCCCUGGGUGUUGUUGGUAUUCGCGAUCCAGUGAAGUGUUGCUCUCUGCACAAACUCCUUUGGUGGCGGGAGAUGCCGCUUUUGUCUUGGCUGAACGUGUUUCAGAAGUCUAUUUCGGUCGAGGGUGGGGGGAUUUUUGAAAAAAAAAAUUUGAAAAGCGUAACUAGGCCAAUGGUAGACAGCGCCGGUAAUCUGCAUGCAUUCCACCGAGGGACGCUAAAACUGAAAAAAAACGACAAAUAAUCAGACGAACGCGUACCCGGGAUGUUUACCGUGCGGACGGACGCUCCGUCAAUGCCAGCUCCGUUGAGAAAGUGCGCGCCGCUAAAAGUCGUCUCGUUAUCUCGCCUGGAAAAGGUGCAGACGGAUGCGCUCGGGAAAAGUCGAGCCUCCUAUUUUUUCUCGGCUUUUGUUUCUGCUGCUCGGAUUGGAGCCAAUUAAGAAAUUCUCCGUCUAAUUACUUUGAUGUGUGAUGCCGGUAGCAACGCUUAUUGUGGUAAAGGAAGUCCGUAGAAUGGUUUUCUGGCCCAGCCGGGAACUCGCUUUGCACCAGCAAUUACAAAGGUAGUGAGACUUUAAAGAUAGCUGGUUAAUAUGCUGCUGCUCAAACUGUGUCUCGAUAACUUGCUGCUAUUUAUCAGAGGUCUUUGAAUGCACCUGAUUAAUUGAUGUUACUCUACAGGCGGGAGGAGAUUCCACGGCCCCGUCACUGGGUGGAUGUCAUGGCAGAGGAAGAGGGAGGCGGGGUUAAUUAUUUUGCAAGAAGUCUGCUGAAAAUAAUGGAAAGCGCCACUCUACAUCGCAACUGAUGCUGUGGUCAAAGUUAGAAUUGUCACAAAACACAUUUUCUGAUAUUCAACAGUCUAAUGCCGUCUGACAGCUUAAGUGGUUAUAAAUUCCCUUCCUACUGUACAGAUCCACGUUAUUUUUAAUUUUAUAACAAGUAUUCUGCUGGGAAAUACAACUAUUUCAUUUAUUACAGGGCUCAAAAUGUUGCUAUUUUAAAAAUAUUUGUCAAUGUUUAGUCACUAAAGCCGAAGUUAUUGCGUUUUAUUCGUUAGAAAGUGCUCAAAUGGGAUAUCAGUUAGGUUCGGAAAUAACACAGAGUUUAUUUUAUCCCUACAAGCCUGUUUUGCAGGUUUCUCUGCUCUUUAUGGGAUUUUAUCUUCAAUAAUGUGAGACCCAAUUAGUCAGACUGACUUGAAAUUGUUCACACCCCACUGUAACUUUAAGGCAGAAGCAAUGAUAAGGUGGUAAGAUUUAAUAAAAUAGCUGAUUAAUAUGCUGCUGCUCGAACUGUGUCGCGAUUACUUGCUUGAGGUCUACAAAACACAUUUUCAGAUAUUCAACACUCUAAUGCCGUCUGUCGGCUUAAGUGGGUAUCAAUUCCCUUCCUACUGUGCAAUUCCACGUUAUUUUUAAUUGUACAACAAGUUUUCUACUAGGAAAUACAACUAUUUCAUAUAUUACAGCGCUCAAAAUGUUGCUAGUUCAAAAAACUUUGUCAAUGUUUAGUCACUAUAGCCGAGGUUACUGCGUUUUAUCCGGUGGAAAGUCCUCAAUACCGGGGUAGAGCGGGAUAUCCGUUAAGUUAGGAAAAAACACCGUUUCCCUGCUCUUCAGGGGAUUUUAUUGUAUUAUUACAUGAUAAACCGAAAUACAGUAAAACUACUCUCCUUAGAUGUCAUACAGAUGCAUUGUCAUCUAUAGUAAAUAAAGUGGGACCCAAUUAGUCAGACUGACUUGAAACUUCUCACACCCACUGUAACUUUAAAGCAGAAGCAAUGACAAGGUGGCAAGAUUUUAAAAAAUAGCUUAUUAAUAUGCUGCUGGUCGAACUGUGUCGCUAUAACUUGCUUCAAAUUACCAGAAGUCUUUGAAUGCACCUGAUUAAUUGAUGUUACAGACGGGAAAGGAUUCAUCCGGGCCCAUCCCUGGGUGGAUGUCGUGUCAGAGGA